CCGCCGCGCCCGCGGCCCGCGGCCACCAUGCAGUUUAUGUUGGUUUUUAGUCGUCAGGGGAAGCUUCGACUGCAGAAAUGGUAUGUGCCACUGUCAGACAAAGAGAAGAAAAAGAUCACAAGAGAACUUGUUCAGACCGUCUUAGCACGGAAACCAAAAAGGUGCAACUUUCUCAAGUGGCGAGAUCUGAAGAUUGUUUAUAAAAGGUACGCAAGUCUGUAUUUCUGCUGUGCCAUUGAGGACCAGGACAAUGAACUCAUUACCCUGGAAAUAAUUCAUCGCUAUGUGGAGUUACUCGACAAGUAUUUUGGCAGCGUGUGUGAACUUGAUAUUAUCUUCAAUUUUGAGGCGGCUUACUUUAUUUUGGAUGAGUUUCUUUUGGGAGGAGAAGUUCAAGAAACAUCUAAGAAAAAUGUCCUUAAACCCAUUGAGCAGGCUGAUCUGCAGAAGUCACGGCAUGAAUAUUUUAAUGCCUCUGUGUACUAACCGACUAUUCGUCGUGUAUGCAGAAUUUCGCAGAGGAAAUAGAGCUGAUGUACUUAUGAAAGAAAAUACCCUCAGCUUGGUGACUGGUUAUCCUGUAAGAGAAUUCCAGUACCUUUACCGCUGUUUUUUUCUCCUGUUCCUAUUCCUGACUCAUCUGUUUUUUUUUCAUUAUAUUCGUAAACUUGAUAUUGUUUAUUCCUCUACAGCUCAAUAAUUUCUUCUCAACAAAAAUAUGGCCUACGAAUGUUUUGAGUUAAUUUCUAUCUUAAACACAUACAUAUUGUCAUUAAUAAACUACCUAUGAUU